CCACAACGGUAGUUUCGUAUUGAAACAUCUCUCAAUGACAGAAUUUAUUGGUUCUCGUAUUAGUCUGAUUAGUAAAUCAGAUAUUCGAUAUGUAGGUAUCUUGCAAGAUAUUAACUCUCAAGAUUCUACUCUCGCUUUAAAGCAUGUUCGCUGGUGUGGUACGGAAGGUAGGAAGCAAGAUCCAUCUCAGGAAAUUCCGCCGUCCGAGAAUGUGUUUGAUUACAUCGUCUUUCGUGGAAGCGAUGUGAAAGAUUUACGCAUAGAGGAGCCUGCUAGUACACCCGCACCUCCUCCUGUUCAACCUCCCAAUGAUCCUGCUAUUGUAGGGUCAAAUAGUGGUCAGUUUGGCUGGAAUCAACCUGGCGGUGCUCCAAAUGCUCAGCCAGUACAGCCUAGUCCAUACUACAACCCGUAUGGAUCAAAAACUGGUACUCCAUACAACCCUAUGGCUGGUGCCUCUCCUUACUAUAUGUAUGCAAAUGCGGGAGGAGCGCCAUAUGCUCCGUCUGGUGUUGCUCCUCUAGGAACUCCGAUGGAUGCUUCUACUCCUGCUGUACCUUUCCACAGCGGUCCCGUCGAGCAGCAACAGGCUUCCCAUCGACCUGAUAUGCCUCCACCCGGUGUUUCUCAGCCUCUUCCUGGCCAAUCUCCCUUCAUGACCAGACCCGGAUUUGAUGCCCCAAGCCAGAAACCUAUGACUCCGAACCUUCCUAAUGCUGGUGCAUCGAUUGCCAAUAUACCAUCUACACAAGUUCCCACUGUCCCUAUUGCUUCUCCUUCUGUUAAUCCCUUAGGACCUGGCAGUGCUGCAACAAUUGCCUCUACUCAAGUUAACAAUGAAGGUGAAAGAUCGACCAAAUCAGUGUCUGUAAGUAGCGAACGUGUUGCUGAUGUCGGAGAUGCCGUCCAACCAUCUCAUCCAGUAACCGCCUCUGUCAAUGUUCCUAGAAAUGAAAAAGGUGAAUUUGAUUUCCAAUCUGCUAAUGAAAAAUUCCAAACCUUGAAGAGUGAACUUGCAAAUGAAGAAGAUCAAACUCAUCAAGAUUUUUACAAACCCGGCCAAUCUUUCUUUGACGAUAUUAGCUGCGAAAGCAAGGAAAAAAACAUGGAAGCUUUAGACCGUCGCUCUUUGCGUGACCGCGAACGUAACCUAAAUCUGGAGACAUUCGGCGUUGCUUCCAGUGGAGGCCGAGGACGCCGUGGUCGCGGUCGCGGUCGUGGCCGUGGUCGUGGUCGUGGAGGAUACUCAAGAGGUUAUUAUCAAAGAUACAACGGGGCAAAUUAUGCUCCUAAUGCCCAACAGUAAAUUUGUAGAUGUGAAUACCAAUAUUCGGCUAAUUGAAAGUUUGGAAAUCUGCUUUAUUGCUCUUUCCUUGCGAUCCUCGAGACUUGAAAAAAAAAAAUCAAGUUUUCUGUUAAAUAGAAGUGAAUCUCUAUGGACGUAAAAGAUAUUUUGGAAAUAAUGAAUAAAGAAAGUCGAUUUGUAAGUAUUAUUGAGUGCUUUUUUCUUUACAUUCCAAUGAGUCAACGAGAAAGUAUAGUCGACAAAUAUACUAAAACAUGAAUGAAGUUUAUUUUGACCCUCGCAAGAAUUUAUAUAGGACUCAGUAUCUGUGUAUAUGGAGUAAAUUGCAUUUCUACUUUACUAAUUUUACUUUGAUGAAAAAAGGAUUAGAUAUGUUAGAAUCGCUUCUGUCAGGCAGAAAAUAAAGAAAAUCGUAUUCUAACAAGCAA